AUGACUACAGACAAAUCGCCACUUUCACCUAGCGUUCUGAAGCAAUCCAGGAGUUUGUCAGUCGCUCGCGAUUCUUUUGUGCUGGAGAAUACGGCCGAUACCAGGGCGGAGGUCUUGGUGGGCUCAACUACAGAAAAAGCGCUGAACGAGCCGUCUGGCGGACAGAUACACAAGGACUCCAACGGAGAGUCCUGUCGCAAGGCUGCCGCUCCUACGACACGAUCAUCCACGACUAUGCAAGCGUAUUUGGUACCACCAACCAUUGACCUCUCUGCGAAAACGCAAGCAACAUCAAAGAAUAAUAUCCAGGAAGCACAGACGAUCAUAUCAAAUAUUGCUAAAGCAACUAUGCCGGUAGCUGAAAAAAGUGACGUGUGUGCCAAGGGUGACGUCGAGCUCGGGCAUGAAGCAACUGUUGACCAGUCUGAUGAGCAAUUCCUGGCGCCCGAACUGUCUGCCGUGCCUCUAGUACCUUGUUGGCAACAUAAAAGAGCCUCAGAUGCUCUAUCUGGAAGGGAAGAACCUAACCACUCUGCCUUACCCGAAGAAGAACUACUUGACAACAACUCCUAUAAUCAUCUGACCUAUGAGAUUGACCAUAGGGGAGAAACCUUCUGGCCGCCACAGCUUUUCCCAUGGACGACAUCUCGGGUCAAUCAACCAAAAAAGCCUCAUCAUUUUUCUCGCCCCCGAACAAAUGGUCAUGGUUCUAUGACAAGGUUCAAUCCGUCUCAGUUUCAACGGUCGGAAAGCAUAAUUGAUUUCAUUGCUCGCGUCGAACAGGAGGUACUGGGACCUGAGAGCUUAGGAUACGUGGACAACCCCUCCGAUGAGGCUCACAUUUGGCAGCAUGAUGAUCGACUCGGAGCGCCUUCAGACACGUUCAGAGAGGCUCGAUCUCUGAUACCGCAGGGUGUUUCGAUCAACCAACCCCUCACAGAACCCGGUCGGCGGCACCCGGAGGAAGCUUUCGACCGAAUGGAAGAGGAACUAUCUGAGAUCAGAUAUCAUGGCGAGCGACCCGAUCAAAGUAACCAAUACUGGGAACAGCAGCAAAAAAAACAGCCGGAGGACGACAAGUACGAUAAAGACGAAAAGGAGGAAAUGCUCGCCUUCUGGCGGCCAAAUUACUUUCAUUAG